AUAAUAAAAUUAUAAUUUAACUGCAAUUAUAAAAAGUAGCUACAAAUAGUCUGAGGCACCAAACCCGUAACGAAGAAACAACAUUUACAAAUAACGUAAAUACAACAUGAAUACACUAAAUACAAUGUAAUUAAAUAAAAUAGGCCACAAGUUGUAAAAACGUUUACGAUGAAAAAAAAAAGAUCAGCGAGUGAAAUUAAAAAAGUGUCCACAUGAUGACGACAAAUACCAACACAAAAUAUGAGGCGUAACCGCAAAAGGGAGAAAACCUACAAACACGAAAGACGCUUGGUUAAAUAAUAAAAAAAAGUAAUUCUGCUUAAAAACUGUUUAGACUCGAUGUGAGACGUAGCGUAACUAUUUUACAAGUCACUUUUAAUAUUUACAGUGUAUUGUUGUGAAGGCUGUCAGCUAGCAGUUCAGUUCCCCCUUGCCUGCCUGUCUGUCUGUCUGUCGUCUUCUCCUCUGACACUCCUCUCAGAGCAUGGGAAGCACACCUCACUCUGGACCCCUUCUAGAGUCUCUCUUCACUUUCCAAAAACUUCACUACAUGGAGUCCUCAACCAACAGUUUGGAUGAUGUGUCGGCGGAUGGCAGCGGAGAGUUCACCGACCGUGCGUGCGUCAUGGAGACACGUCUUCAGGCACACGAGGACGAGAUCACGCUGCUCAAAUCCUCACUGGCGGACGCCCUUCGAAGGAUCCACCUGCAUGAGCAGCUUCUCCCUGUGCUCAAACAGCAACUCAUUGCAGUAAACCCUGCUGCUGCCAGAAUCAUCAACCAAGUCUCCUGCCAUGAUGCUUGUUCUUCCAGCUAUGGAGUACGCCAGCCUCAUGCCAGCCAAUCAGAACAGAUUGUUGUGAGCAGUACAAAUGGCCACACAGUAUCAGCAGACCCCAGACCAGCCACUGUUGAUCGAAGCACCCAGACAGAAGCCAGCAAGACCAGGCUGGAUGGAGGUCAAGACGGGGUGUUUUUAACCAAACGGAUGCAGAGCCUCCACUUGGAGGACGCCCUCCUACCGCAGGUGUUGGUAGCGGAAGGGACACGGGCCAAGCUGAAUCGAGUCCCUGUUAUGGACGUGGACGAGGAGGACAUGGAUGAUGAUGAUGAUGAAGAAGAAGGAGGAGUUGGGGAGCAGGACAAGGACUUGAGUUGGAUUUCGUCGGUGGAGGAGCCCAUUCAGGCUACCACAAUCAUCAGCCUCCAAGACGGAAGCCGUUCUCCAGAAGAUGCCGACUUUUCACCAGCUUCAAGCAGACCUUCGGAUCAAAACUCCAGUCCUUUGUCUCCCAUCCAGGAAGGACGGAAGAAACCUCUAGUGAGAACCAACAGUGAGAAACUGGCGAACCGGAAGAGGCAGGUCAGACAUCUGGACAAGAAAGCCGCGUCCUCGGCCAACCUCUUGAGCAGCUCGCCAAGCUUGGAGAAUCGUGCCAGGGAGCUUAUCGCCAGUGCAGGCUCCAGAAGAGGAACGUACAGUCAAGAACAGUCCAUCAAGAUGUUCAUCCGGGGCCGUCCCAUAACCAUGUACAUCCCCUCCAACAUCCAGAAUUAUGAAGAACUGAAGAUGGAGCCACCCUCCGAGAGGCUGGAGCUGGACUGGGUCUAUGGUUAUCGCGGAAGGGACUGUCGUGCCAACCUGUACUUCCUCCCGACGGGUGAAGCAGUCUACUUCACAGCCUGCGUCAUUGUCCUGUACCAUAUCAACAAGCGCACACAACGCCACUACCGCAAACACACUGAUUGUGUUCGCUGUCUCACAGUGCAUCCUGAUAAGGUACGAAUAGCAUCGGGCCAAACAGCGGGCGUGGAUAAAGACAGCAAGCCUCUGCAGCCGUGUAUUCAUAUUUGGGACUCAGCCACUUUGGUAACCCUGCAGCAAAUCGGACUUGGAGCCUUCCAGAGAGGAGUAGGAUCUGUUGCCUUUUCCACAAUGGAUUCCGGCGUUUUCCUGUGCGUGAUUGAUGACUCCAAUGAACACAUGUUGUCAGUAUGGGACUGCACAAAAGGCACCAAGCUAGCGGAGAUAAAGACCACCAACGAGGCCGUGUUUGCCGUGGACUUCCAUCCCGGUGACAGCAGCAACAUCAUCACUUGUGGUAAAUCCCACGUCUACUUCUGGACUCUGAACGCGGGUCAGUUCACCAAGAAGCAAGGCAUCUUUGGAAAAUACAAGAAGCCCAAGUUUAUCCAGUGUUUUGUGUUCAGCCUGACUGGUGAGGUUCUGACUGGAGAUUCAGAAGGGAACAUCCUGACAUGGGGAAAGUCUGCUGCAGAUAUCAAAACUCUUGGAAAAGGAGCCAAAGAAACUCUCCAGAUUAUGCGACAGACCAGAGCGCACGAAGGCAGCGUGUUUACCUUAUGCAACCUGCAGGGUGGCGCCUUGCUCAGCGGCGGCAGCAAAGACCGCAAGAUCAUCCGCUGGAGUGCAGACCUGGCCCCCGAACGAGAGUGUGAGAUUCCGGAGAAUUUUGGGGCGGUCCGCACCAUUGCUGACAUGGAUGGAGAGGAACUGUUAGUUGGAACAACAAGAAACGCUAUCCUCAGAGGCACCUUCUCUGACGGAUUUGUGGCCAUCGUGCAAGGUCACGUCGACGAAAUGUGGGGGCUGGCGACGCAUCCUUCCGUAAAUGUCUUCCUCUCCUGCGGCCAUGACAGGCAGGUGUGUGUAUGGAACACUGAGGAACACAAACUGGACUGGUCCAUCUCCUUGGAGGAGUACGGCCUGUGUGCUGACUUCUGCCCAAAUGGAUCAGUGGUUUCAGUCGGCCUUAACACAGGAAGAUGGGUGGUCCUGGAUCUGCUAACCAGGGAGGUAAUCUCUGAGUCCGUUGACGGGAACGAGCAGCUGUCCGUCAUGAGGUACUCUCCAGAUGGCAGCUGUCUGGCUGUGGGCUCACAUGAUAACUUCAUUUACAUCUACAACGUGACGGAAAGUGGGCGGCGCUACACUCGCUUUGGGAGAUGCAAUGGUCACUCCAGUUUCAUAACUCAUUUGGAUUGGUCCAAAGAUGGAAGGUACAUUAUGUCUAAUUCAGGCGACUAUGAGAUCCUCUACUGGGACAUUGCUACAGGCUGCAAACUGAUGAGGAAUCGCUUUGAGAGCAAAGACAGGGAAUGGGCCUCCUACACCUGCGUGCUGGGAUUCCACGUCAUGGGUGUGUGGUUAGAGGGCUCCGAUGGCACGGACAUCAAUGCGCUGUGUCGCUCCCACAGCGAGAGCGUGGUGGCAGUGGCGGAUGACUUCUGCAAAGUCCAUCUUUUCCAGUACCCCUGUCCCAAACCGAAGGCGCCCAGCCACAGGUACGAGGGCCACGGCAGCCACGUCACCAACGUGCGCUUCACCCACAGCGACUCCCAUCUGCUCUCCAUGGGCGGCAAGGACACGUGCAUCCUCCAGUGGAGAGUGAUUCUGCCGAACUCGACCUCAUCGACCGCCGCCAGCUCUCCAGAACCUGCUAGCAGCAGCUAGAACGGAAAAAGGACAGAAGAAGAAGAAGAAGAAGAGCAGCAUACAUGAAGCCAGUGGAUAGCUGCCAGAGUUGCACACAUGUACAGAAGGCCUCUACAGGACUAACAUGCAUAAGAAAUGACCGUGAAACUGGAACAUCCUGUCCUUUUGGCUUUUAGAAACUAAGUGUAAAAUGUGACUAUUGAGCGAACAUUUUUGUAAUUGAUCAAUAUUUUGCUAUAUUUCUACAAUGUGGUAUGUUUUGUAACUAUAACGGGAACAUCAUAUCCCUUUGGAUCUCAGAAACUAAGUGCAAAAUGUGACUAUUAAGACAACAUUGUGUGUAUGACACUGUAAUUUAGCUAUAUUUUGCUAUAUUUCUACAAUAUGUUUUAACUAUUUGAUGGAUAUAGGCUGCCUUUAUGCUUACAUCAGAGAUGUGUGAAAUUAUUUUAAUUGGUUUGUUACACUUUCUAAUAAUAGAAUUAAUUCAUUAUUAAUUGUAGAGAUUAUAUGAUACACACAAAAGCUAAGAUGCUAAUGUUUUGCUGUAUUGUUUAACAUAAACUGGCCAACAAAAUCUAGCGUUCCCAAAAGUGUUCCCACUUGCAUCCUUUAAUUUUUUUUCUCAAUGCAAUACACUCUUUUCAACCAAACAAUGUAAGAGCACCACCGCCAACUGGUAGGUGUGGAUAAAAAAACAGAUUGAACAAACAAAUAAAUGAUUAUA